AAUAAUUCAAACACUGUUUGCUUUCAAGCCUGAGACUCUUGUCUGGCAGCUUGUUUGGUCAGUCCAGCAAAGGCAAGAGACGGAAAAUGAGAAGCCAAAAGGGAAAGGAAAGAAACUGCAAGAUACAACAGGGAGUAAGGCAUCUGAGGAGGGAGGCAUUCAUGCACUGUGUAAGUUGUUUCUAACUGUGAAGUAGGAGGAGAAGUGCAACAGGCGGGAGGAGGAGGAAGGGGUGCUUCCUCUUUAGUCUCAGUAAAGCUGCUGAGGUAUCCCAGCAGCCCUAGUCUGUAGCGACAGGAGACCUUCGUAUAAAAAGCUGCAUCGCAGAGGGAACCCUCCUAAGUGCCUCUCAGACACAGCAUGACCAGGACCAAGAGCCUUAGAGUGUGGACCUAACAAAACAAUGCCCAGCAUAAAAGCCACACCACACAGCACACAUCAGUUCAUCAUGGAUCGAGAUGACAGGAACAGAAACAAUACCAUCGGAAAGAACCUUAUGUGCAGACUCCAGUGCAUGUUCUCGCAUUCGCCUCAAUGCUCAGAGAGGCUAAGUUUAGAAGAUACUCAACAAUGGUCACAGUCCCUGGAAAGGCUUCUUGAAUCCAAAUAUGGACUGGCAACCUUUCGUAACUUCCUUAAAUCAGAAUAUAGUGAUGAGAACAUUGAAUUUUGGCUUACAUGUGAGGACUACAAAAAGAUUAAGUCUUCAUUUCGAAUGUCCUCAAGAGCUAAGAAGAUUUAUGAGCAGUUCAUCAAAGCAGAGUCCCCUAAAGAGAUCAACAUUGACUAUCACACUCGAGAGCAGAUCAAAAGGAACAUCAAGACUCCCACCGUGCUCUGCUUUGACGAAGCUCAGAAGAUAGUUUACGGGCUGAUGGAAAGAGACUCGUACCCGCGAUUCCUCCGCUCGGACGUUUAUAGAACACUCCUGGAAAGCCUCGCUGCUGACGACACGAAGGGAUGAAAGUGCAGUCAGGAGAAGGGAGAAAGGAGAAAAAAUCCCAUAACUGGAAUGUUUGAGGCUCCUUCAGGAAGAGGAACUGAGAACCAAAGGAAGGAGGGUCAUCAAGUGUGGCACCAGGACACAAACAGCCCCGCGCACCUCAGGGAUGCCCCUCCUGUUUGUUCUAAGAAAGGAGAGAAUCCCUGCAUUUAGCACCAGGAACCUGAGGACUUUUUGAAGCAAAUUUCACAAUAAUGACCCCGUAGAUUUGUCACAGGAGAAAGAUCGCGCAAGACAACUGAGCGUUUCUAACUAUGAAACAAUGAACAAGGUGAUGGACUGCUGCUGUGACAGUAGAGCUGCGUAAGAAGGUCAUUGUCAGGGCAAUAGCUGCCCUCUGACCUUCUUUGGAGAGGUACAGGUAGAAGAUACAACAGUCACACCUUAUUAACUCCCACUCUCUCACUAAUGUGUUUGAGAGAGAGAAAGAAA